UAGACCAGGCUGGCCUUGAACUCAGAUCUACCUGCUUCUGCUGCUACCACCCAGCAGUUCCCACUUCUUUAAUUCUAGGCUACACCUACAGAUGUGCUCAAGGUAUGUACAGAACACUCACCCUGGAAUCCCUCCAGCUACCCGAGAGAGUAGGAUCAACAGCAAGGGUAAACCCUGCCUGCUCUUCAGGAAGACCCAGGUUUGGCUCAGGGCACUGUGGGCACUCAAGUUGGCAUGCUCUGGGCAUCACCCUUAUGUAUGUAUACUCAAACACAAGGACAAGGCUCUCCCUGCCUGGCAUGAUAACUGCAGAUGCAAAGCAGGCCAUGAGUCAUCGGUGCUCAGCUAGCCUCGCUUUACCUAGGCAGUAGUCAUUCUGGGACUACAUGCCUUGGUACCUGACUUACUCCCUCAAAGUCGGGUGAGCAGAUUGUGAGCAUGACAUUGAGGCCACUCUGUGAGCCUUGUUUCCAUGUCACUGAGCUCAUAGUGUGUGAAGGCCAAAUCCAGACCUGCACCCAGGCUCUGUGUUUCCAGCUCCAGCCCAGAGCAUAUCCUAGUCCAGCUGGCUCUCUGGAACAAGAGGGAUGGGUGGGCAGAAAGCUGAGUGGCCGAGCAACACAGGACACAGGAUCCUCACCCAGGGGAAGCCGUCCCCAGCCUCUCACCCUUAAGGAAGAGGGCAACCAUGGCAUCUGCCAGGACCCCUGGCCCAGGCCACCCUAGCCACGCCACACCCUGCCACUUCUCUCCAGACAGCAAGGUUUCCUUUCCAGCGCAGCAGGGGUGGGGUCAGGGUGGAGCCUGGGGAUGAGGGAGGGACACGCGUUUCAGUCCAGAACCCUUUAGUUCCAGUUCCCCAUCUACCGCCUUCCCUCCACCAGCCCCAGCCAUGCAGAGAGCCUGGCCGCUGCUGCUGCUGGGUCUCAGACUACAGCUGUCCUUUGGUGUCAUCCCAGUGGAAGAGAAGAACCCAGCCUUCUGGAACCAAAAGGCAGCUGAGGCCCUGGAUGUUGCCAAGAAGCUGCAGCCCAUUCAGACAUCAGCCAAGAACCUCAUCAUCUUCCUGGGGGACGGGAUGGGGGUGCCCACAGUGACAGCCACCAGGAUCCUAAAGGGACAGAUGGGAAGCCAUCUAGGACCUGAGACACCCCUAGCCAUGGACCGCUUCCCAUACAUGGCUCUGUCCAAGACAUACAAUGUGGACAGACAGGUCCCAGACAGUGCAGGCACAGCCACCGCCUAUCUCUGUGGGGUCAAGGCCAACUACAAGACCAUUGGCUUGAGCGCAGCUGCCCGAUUCGACCAGUGCAACACCACAUUUGGCAACGAGGUCAUCUCAGUGAUGUAUCGGGCAAAGAAAGCAGGAAAGUCUGUGGGAGUGGUCACCACCACGUCGGUGCAGCACGGCUCUCCAGCUGGCACCUACGCGCACACGGUGAACCGUAACUGGUACUCGGAUGCAGAAAUGUCUGCCUCAGCGCUGCAGGAGGGCUGCAAGGACAUCGCUCUACAGCUCAUCUCCAACAUGGACAUUGAUGUUGUCCUCGGUGGUGGCCGCAAGUUCAUGUUUCCCAAGGGGACACCAGACCCUGAAUAUCCAGACAACAGAGCUCAGUCCGGACGCAGGCCGGAUGGACAGGAUCUGGUACAGAAGUGGCUGAUGAAGCACCAGGGGGCCCGGUAUGUUUGGAACCGCACAGAGCUCAUUCAGGCAUCCCAGGACCCCGCAGUGACUCACCUCAUGGGUCUCUUUGAGCCUGAACACAUGAAAUAUGACAUCUACCGAGACCCUACCCAGGACCCCUCCCUGGCGGAUAUGACAGAGGUGGCCGUGCGCAUGCUGAGCAGGAACCCCCGAGGCUUCUACCUCUUUGUGGAAGGGGGCCGCAUCGACCAUGGCCACCAUGAUUCUGUAGCCUACCGUGCACUGACUGAGGCCGUCAUGUUCGACUCGGCCAUUGCUAAGGCGGACCAGCUCACCAGUGAGCAGGACACGAUGAUCCUUGUCACUGCUGACCACUCCCACGUCUUCUCUUUUGGGGGCUACGUACCUCGGGGGACCUCCAUCUUCGGCCUGGGGGCCGCCUUCAACGCUCAGGACGGCAGAUCCUUUACCUCCAUCCUAUAUGGCAACGGGCCCGGCUAUCAACUCCAGAAAGGUGUGCGGCCAGAUGUCACUGACAGGGAGAGCCGUGACCCCAAGUACCGGCAGCAGGCGGCUGUACCGCUGUCCUUGGAGACCCACGGCGGGGAGGACGUGGCGAUAUUCGCGCGUGGCCCGCAGGCACACCUGGUGCACGGAGUGCAGGAGCAGAACUACAUCGCGCACGUCAUGGCCUUUGCAGGCUGCCUGGAGCCCUACACCGACUGCGGCCUGGCGCCCCCUGCCGGCCAGAGCAGUGCGGCGAGCCGGGGCCAGACCUCCGCCCUGAUGCUCCUGUUGGCAGGGACAAUGUUGAUGGUGGUGGCAGCUGAGCCCUGACCACCUAAGCUCACUGCACUCCACCCUAGUAUCCACAGCUGGCUCCAGUGUACCACGCUGUUGCUCCCCUCUGGACUCCUUCUGCCCCUGGGGUUCCCUGAACCUUGGCUUCAGGUUUCUAAUCAGAUCUAACUCAGGUUGCCAAUCCUGCCAUUCUAUCAUGAACUCCAACAACAGAUCUCACUCAGAGUGUUACAACCGCCUCAGAACCUGCAGCACUCCCCUCCCAGACCACCACAAGCUAACAGGAUGCCCAGCAGACUGAGGGAAUGCCACUCACAGCCACCCCUGGGCCAGCUCUCUCUGGUGUUUGCCGCCGAUCUCAGCUCCCAAAAAAUGUGAUACCACACACUAAGUCACAGCUCAGCCUGUGCCUGAGAAGGACCACGUAGGCAUUUGAUGUCCCCCCAGGGCAGAGACUGAACAAGAAUGUGUUGGCCUUUCUUGGCCUGGUGUCCACAGCACAUCCAGCAGAUCCUGGAGAGGUUGAUGUGGCCGAGAUCACCAGUUGCUCUUUGACAGUCCUCAGCUGCCACCACCACUGGGCCUCAAACUCAUGAUCCUCCUGCCUCAGCCUCCCAGCUGCUAUAAUUACACGCAUGUGCCUUUAUGCCUGGCUUGCACAUUAAUGUCCAAGCAAAGAAUGAUGCCUUCAUUCUCC